GAAUUUUGCAUCCGCGUUUCCAGUGCUUGGAAUCAUCUCGAAGCUUCAGGCGACCACCGACAUCAAUUCCCAUUAAAUCCGAGCAGGAUAUUUCAGUGAACGGGGCCACUAAGCUCCGGAAGGUCCCUGACAUUCACUCACACGACCUCCACCUUGCCUUUUGGGAGCCACGUUCAAAUCUACGCGCGAUCACAAAACACCCCCGUCGCAAAACAUGUCAUCCACGGAUCCGACGAUCAAUCUCCCCCAACUGGUUCUCAUCUUGUUGCUGGGCGGGUUGGCGAUCCGGUGGUUCUUCUUCUCCAGUACGCCAGGGUCGGCGGGAGGGAAUCCGCAUGGGAGGACGACGAGGGCGGGCAGUAGUCUGAGGGCGAGGGAGGCGGACGUGGAGAGGAUACAGCAGAUGUUUCCGCAGGUGGAGAGGAGGAGCAUCAUGUGGGAUUUGCAGCGGAAUGGGGGGAAUGUGGUGGCGACGACGGAGAGGGUGUUGAGUGGGAGGGGGUUGGAGGUUGUGAGUUUACCUUGGUUUUCUUUUUUUUUCUUUUUCUGUUUUUAUCUCUAUGCUGCUUGGUUUGGUUUGGUAUUUGGGGCGUGGGAAGUGGGUAUUUUAGGGAAUGGGAAUGGGAAUGGGUUGAUUGUUUUCUUUGGAAAUGGUUUGAGCUAAUGUGUCUUGUUGGAAUAGCCACCACAAUCUUUCCAACCACCUCUACCACCACCCUCGGCCUCCACAGCUGCUUCCGUAGCUAGCAAACCCGUACAUCCCGAUCUCAUCACACGCUACAACCUCAAAGCGAAGAUCCUCGAAGAGAAAGCCGCCGCGGAAACGGCAGCAGCCGACGUCCCGAAAUCCGGCGCGCAACAGGCUUGGAGCACUAAUAAGGGGGAGCGACAGGCGCUCUUACAGCGACGGAGGGAAGAGAUGAUCUUGGCUGCCCGACGGAAGAUGGAGGCGAAAGUUGCUGCGGAGUCGGCGCUGGGAAAGGGGGCUUGAGCUGGGCUGGGGAAUAGUUGGUCGGGGAGUUGGUACCUAUCUUUCGAGUUGUGGAUGGGGGACUGUGGAUGUGGGAUGUGAAUUGCAGCCGAGGAGUUUACACUAACUCUUUUUUAUUAACGGUUUAUGGAAUUAUGAAUCGAGGGGGGUGUGCUUAUGUAUAUUCCUUCGAGCGGGCUUUCUUUUCCCUUUGGUGUACUGUACUGUAUUGUACAUUUGGGCAUUACUGAUGUGUACAAAUAAGCGAUCUUCCUAUUACCUAUCCAGGCCUUGAAAGGACUUCUUUUCUUGGUAGCGUUGUGGCUUUCCUCGAUUGGUCUUUUUUCUCUGCAGCGGAGAUGAAGUUCGAAUUCUUGAUACCAUGUUGGUUGGUUACUUUAUAUCGUCUUGUCCAAAAAUGAUUCUUCAAAUACUGUUUGGGGGAGCAAUAUUUGAUGAUAUUUGAGUGCUUUACUUGUUCCUAAGCACUCU